ACGCAUUUCUUUUCAUAACUUUUUAGUCAUCGUUCGGUCGUGUUGGUUCCUCGGAAAGUCGGAAAGUACAUAAAAAUAGUUGUACAGAAACCAGGAAAAAUCGUUACUCGCCAAUUCUACAAUUCGCGAUCGCGCGCGGGAUUCGUUAGUACGACGCGAGAGUCGGGAGGAAAUUCUAUUCAAUUUAAACCAGAUCACAUACAGAGCAAGUCAAGAUGGUGGACAAAAUCGAGAUGAGUUUGGACGAUAUCAUCAAAUCGCAAAAACCUCUACGAGGUGGUGGCCGCGGAGGAGUUGCCAAAUCGGGCGGCAGUGGCGGUGCCCCACGAAAUCGCAGCCGAAAUGGCGCUAGCGGAGGCUUUAGACAAAAUCGUGGCCCUCCAAUGGGCGGUGGCGGCGGUGGUGGUGUCUUGAAAGGACGCAACCGAGGCGGAAUCCAGCGAUCAAAAUACGCACGGGGUGACGUUAACAGCGCUUGGAAACAUGAUAUGUACGAAGGAGCCCGAAAAAGCCGUCUGCUGGCUGCGGCUGGAAUCGGUGGCAGCGGUCUCGGCGGAAUUGGCAGCACCAAGCUGAUGGUAUCGAAUCUGGAUUUUGGUGUUUCCGAAUCGGACAUCAACGAGCUGUUUGCGGACUUCGGACCGCUGAAGAGUGCCUCGGUGCACUAUGAUCGUUCAGGGAGAUCACUAGGCACUGCCGAUGUGGUUUUCGAGCGUCGGGCUGAUGCAAUCAAAGCCAUGAAGCAGUAUAAUGGAGUACCCCUGGAUGGGCGACCAAUGAGUAUACAACUGGCCACUUCGGAGAUUCCCGCUCCACGGGUUCCCCGUGCUAGCAGCAGUAUUCCAGCCCGAUCUCCCCGUAGACCCCAGCAGGGUGGUGGUGGACCAAGAGGCAAUCAACCUAAUCGCCGCGGGGGUGGCGGCGGCGGCAGCGGUGGAGGUGGUCCACGACGCCAGCAGCGCGAAACGAAGACAGCGGAAGAGCUGGACGCCGAACUUGAUGCAUACACUAAGGAUAUGAAGUAAUCCUUAGUAAAUGAACUGAGAACAAAAAGUUGCAGCGUGACCUUUGGAAUAAAUACUAGCAUUAGUAAGAAUAAUAUGUUAAGAAAGGGACCUUCUUCAGUUUGUGAAGAGCAUUACAACAGCAGAGCGUAACAAGCAACAACAACAGGCAGCCCUACAAAUGCGCUUGUGACGAAUGUAUAUAAAAUCCAAGCCGAAAGCCUACCAAAUUAGAUCUUCGUCAUUGAGGGCAAGUGAGUGAAGUGUGAGAGGAAAACAAUCAUCAAUAGUCAACGAAAUAUGAAAUCUUGGAAGGCAGACGAAUCGGAAUGCUGUUACUUAUUGAUAUGCAAAGAAGGAAACAUAGUUUUUCUUCACCCUCGAAGGAUUAGAUAAGCGGCGAAUCAUUUCUACUGGAACUAUCAAUGUAGACUAAUUCGUCACAAUGUAAUUCACAUAGUAAAUUAUCACACACUCAUUGAACGCAGAAAGGUUCGCCAAAAUAAUCUUACAUGAAGAAUAUUUGUUUUAAGAUUUACUGAUUUGUGCAGACUCGAAAUCAAUUCCCCGACUAAAUAAAGUUCCACAGUGUAGUUUCAACUUUACACGAACGACGAUAGCAUUUCAUUUUGACAACAAUACGUGUGACAAAUUUGGACGGCAUCAGAAACGGAAUAGUAGAAAUCGAAGUCAAUCUGUGGAAGUGGUGGUGGAAGUCAUUCCUCCGCCCAACAAUUAGUUUGUAGUAAAACUAAGGAUGAAAAAGUAAUAAAUAUAAACACAACACUGUA